AUGGCGAUUGAUCAUGAAGACGAACUCAAAGACGAGAAGAACCCUCGCCCCCUCGGCGAGGAUGAUAUCGCUAUCCUCAAAAACCUACACCAAUGGGAUCUUGUUUCUGACAAGCAAAUGAUACAGGAGGAGCAGCCUCUUCAGGAGACAAGGUUUCCCCCCACAGACAUAGAGGAAGGAAUGCGUGUUGGUGUUGAUAGAAACAAAUAUCAGAUUCAGAUUCCUUUGCCUCCAAAAAUUGAUCCAAGUGUUACCAUGAUGACAGUUGAAGAGAAACCAGAUGUGACAUAUAAUGAUGUUGGUGGCUGUAAGGAGCAGAUUGAAAAGAUGCGUGAAGUUGUUGAACUUCCCAUGCUUCAUCCUGAGAAAUUUGUCAAGCUCGGAAUUGAUCCUCCAAAGGGUGUGCUUUGUUAUGGUCCACCAGGAACUGGCAAAACUCUAUUAGCCAGGGUUGUUGCCAAUAGGACUGAUGCUUGUUUUAUUAGAGUCAUUGGAAGUGAGCUUGCUCAGAAAUAUGUCGGUGAGGGGGCUCGGAUGGUUCGUGAAAUAUUUCAGAUGGCCCGUUCAAAGAAGGCAAGCAUUGUGUUUUUUGAUGAAGUUGAUGCAAUUGGAGGUGCGCGAUUUGAUGAUGGAGUUGGUGGUGAUAAUGAGGUUCAGCGUACUAUGCUUGAAAUUGUGAAUCAGCUUGAUGGGUUUGAUGCCCGAGGAAACAUCAAAGUUUUGAUGGCAACAAACAGGCCCGACACUUUGGAUCCAGCACUAUUGCAGCCUGGGCGAUUGGAUCGUAAAGUUGAAUCUGGCCUUCCUGAUUUAGAGAGUAGGAUAAACACAAGAACCAUGAACUGUGAAAGAGAUAUCCAUUUUGAACUUCUAGCCAAAAAAAACUUACAGCAACAUGACCUGUAA